UUAAUUAAUGGUAAUCUCCAUCUUCUACUACACUCUCUCUCUCUCUCUCCCACACACACACAAACACACACACACAAUGAGAAGCAUCUCUUUUUAUAUCAAACGUCUAGUCCUCUACCUCAUUAUUACCAUUCCUUAUUUCUUCCACAUAAAUUGCCUAGAAUGUGGAUGCCAACCACCAGCACCUCCACCAGAACCAGAACCCUUAAUCUUCCUAGACCUAAGACUCGCCAUCAUUUAUCCGGUGAUCCAACUCUUCAAGAACACAAUCACCUCUGACCCCCUUGGAAUCACCCAAACCUGGACCGGCCCCAAUAUAUGCAACUACACCGGCUUUUACUGCGACAACCCACCGGACAAUCGCUCCGCCCUUGCUAUCGCCGCCAUUGAUUUCAACGGCUUCCAGCUCGCCGCUCCAACCCUAGACGGAUUCCUUGAUCAGCUCCCAGACCUUGCCAUCUUCCAUGCAAACACCAACAACUUCUCCGGCACCAUCUCGCCAAACAUCACCAAAUUACCAUACUUCUACGAGCUUGACAUAAGUAACAACAAGUUUUCCGGGCCGUUUCCGGCCUCCGUGCUCGGCAUCACCGACCUUACAUUCCUCGACGUCCGGUACAACUUCUUUACCGGAUCAGUCCCACCACAGGUCUUCAUGCAAACCCUAGACGUACUCUUCCUUAACAACAACAAUUUCAUUCAGACUCUACCCGAUAACCUCGGCUCAACUACGGCGCUUUAUCUCACCUUUGCCAACAACAAGUUCACCGGCCCAAUUCCCCGGAGCAUCGGAAAAGCCAAUUCGACUUUACUGGAGGUUCUGUUCCUCAACAACGAGCUCACCGGCUGCAUUCCUUAUGAAUUAGGGUUUCUGAAUAAAUCGACGGUGAUCGACAUUGGAAACAACCGGCUGAUAGGUCCGCUGCCGUACUCGUUGGGGUGUUUGGCGGCCGCGGAGCAGCUCAACUUCGCCGGGAACUACCUGUACGGACAGGUGCCGGAGGUGGUGUGCGCCCUAGGAAAUUUGGUCAACUUAUCUUUGUCAUACAACUAUUUUACUUCAGUGGGGCCCAUCUGUUGGCAGAAGAUCAAGAGUGGGGUCCUUGAUGUGAGGAAGAAUUGCAUUUAUGGGCUGCAUGGUCAGAGAUCACCGGCCGAGUGUUGGUGGUUCUUUUGGCACCAUCGAUGGUACCACUGUCCCUACCACCCCGCGUUGUACCAUUUCAUUCCUUGUAAGCAUCCUCCACUUAUUUAUAGCUAUACACCACCACCUCCUCCUCAGUCAACGCCUAAGGGUAGACGUUUGUUUUCGUAUUCCGCUCUCCUCAGACAUAGAUUGUGAUGACUUUUUCUGCUGAUGGAAUCAGGAUAAUGGGUGUCAUUGUGAUUUGGUUGACUUGCGAUGUUUAUGGUUGAUACAUUUUCUUAGUUUUAUGGUUGAUACAUUUUCUUAGUGCAGUGGCAAAACUAGGAGAAAAUUAUGUAUACAAAAUGUUUAUUAUAUAAAAUGAUGUGGUUACAAUCACAUUAAAAUGUUAAUGUCUGUUUUAUUUGUAAUUUUUUUGCUGAAUUUGGUAUAAAUGUUCUCUCCGAGGUAGUGUUUCA